AUGGCGCCCCCAUUUGCGACAAAGGCAGCGCCGACGUACAGCCCGCGCGCCCAGGCUGCUUUGCUUAAAUCUGCGAAUCAAGUCUUUGAUUUAAACCAGGUUGCUGAAUCCCUCGAUGAGUUAACAAACGGCAUUACGCUUGCCUACAUCCUUCAUGAAUUAGAUCCAGAAUUUGAUCCAUCACAUCUUGAGUCACGUCAUGGCACCUCGAAAUACCUAACCAAUAAACGAAACAUCCAGGCCGUUUACAAAGGUCUCUUCAGAUUCAUACGUCAGCAGGUUCCUGAGCUGAGCUGUCAAGCAAAAAAGUUCGAUUAUCACGCAGUGGCAGAGAAUCCCGAGCCUCAGGGCAUCAGCCAGCUUCUCGCCGUCAUGGUAUCUGCUGCCGCUAUGGGUCCCGACAACGGCAAAUAUGUUCCAAGAAUACAACAUGGUCUCGACCGUGAAAACCAGGCGGAGAUCAUGCAAAUCAUUCGAGCAAUGCAACAAGAUAUCUCCAACUUUAAAGACGCUGAUGAUUUGGAUGAGGCUAUUGAUGCGGUCAUGGAAGCGAGGGAUAUCGAUCUUUUGGUAGAAGAACAAAAUGCCGUACUACGGCAACAGCUUGACAGCACAAAGAAAAACCUUUCGGAUUAUAUCACUCGUUUGGAGCAUCUCCAACUGAGCCAUGAAGAACUAAAAUAUGAAAAGGAAAAGAACGAUCGUGAACUCGAGGUUUUACGAAAAGCUACGCAAGACGGAGCCAACAGUGCAGAGGCUAUCAAGUUACUUGAGUCUCAAGUCCACGAGCAAAUGGAAAUCAUAGCGAGAAAUGAAGAAACUAUUCGUAAUCACGAUCGAGUCAAAUCGCAGCUAGAGGGAGAGCUUCAAAGAUUAAACCAGAAAAGCAUCCAGGCGGACGAACUCAGGGAUCAGGUAGCAGAGUGGAAGCAUAAAGCAGAGGAGUUUGAAAAGAAAGCAAAUGCAGCGGAGAGAUACAAGCAAAAACUUGAAUCCCAGCAACACCUCGCUAAAGAAGUCCAAAAUCUGCAAUAUGAAAAAGCCGAGUUGCAGGACCAGCUACGCUCCCUCGUGGAUGACAGAGAAAAGGACGACAGAACCCGGAAAGCGGAGGAUGAACUUACCAAAAUGAUAACACAGUCAGAACAACACCUAUGGGAUGAGCGCAAUCAAAAAAACCAGCUGCUUAGAGAUGUUGCUGCCCUUGAGGAGGAGCUAACAAGACUAAAGGCUCAAAGAACACACGAUGAAAGGUUUAUUCAAGACUUACAAGAGCAGAUGCAACAGGAAUCUGACGGGGUAACGCAAGGCGGCAAUAUUGGUGCAGUCUCCGGCGCAUUUAGCUUGGAGGAUGAAUUGAAUAAUGCGACCGACGAGGAUAAACAGACCAACCUUCCAUUGGAAUUGUCUCGGGUUAAAGCGGAAAAUGAGCUCCUUAGACGAACACUUGGAUCAACAGGAGACGCAGCCCUUCUCAGGCGUGAACUUGAAGAGCAACGCCGGCAGCGGGAUCGCCUGCAGCAGAAUUUUAAUGACAUUUUCGAAAAGCAUACAUUGUCUCAAGAACAAAUUGCGGCUUUGAUAAGUGAAUCCACCAAGGAAGGAUCUGAAGCAUUCAUUAAUUUGCGGACUCAGCUCGUCGGGUCACAGGAAGAGCUUGAUGCAACUAAAAGACGGACUGCCGAGCUGCAAUCUAAGGUUUCGGAUACAGAUCGAGAGCUGAUUGCAGUCAAAGCAAAACUUUCGGCCGCAGAAAGGACCGGGAUUGAAGUCAUUGAUGAGCUCAAGAGCACCGACAAACUGAUCUCUGAAUCCCUCAAGACAGAGCUGGACAGGCUAAGGGAGGACUACAAUUUUGUCGUCGGUGAACGGGACGCUCAGAAGUCCCAAUUGAUUGAAGCACUUCUUGCGAAGGACAAGCUCAGAAAAGAAAUUGAAGAUACAAAGGAACUGCAAGAUAGCUCAACAGCUGGGUUGGCGGAUGCAGAUAUGACUGAGACGAUGAAGAAAUCCAGUGAAAAGAUCGAAAAACUGCGCAUACGUCUCAAGGAGCGUAAAUUGCAACUUGAACAAUCGGAGCAAGAGAAAUGUGACUUACAAAAUCGCCUCAAGGCAGCUCAAGGUGGCGAGGCUUCGGGUAGCCAAAGGGCUGCUGAUCAGCUCAUCAAAAACCUUCAAAGAGAAAACGCUCUCAUAGCAACAGCCUGGUAUGAUCUCACAAGUCGACUGCAGAGCAACCAUGUUGUAGUUCAGCGGCGCCAUGACGCACCAAGAAGCUGGCUGAACAAGCAGAGGCAGAUGGUCAAUGGUCAGUUGCGCCAACGCGACUUGCUCUACCUCUACUGA